CUAACCUAAGUUUAUAUCGAAAUCGAAUAUACACUGUUAUCUGUGUAUCGAAUUAUAGAAGCUUUCGCUUUGAAGUGGGUUCAUAUUUAUAUGAACAAUAAAUUGUUAUCUGGAAAAUGUCUGUUGUAAUAGAAACUACUCUUGGGGAUAUAACUGUAGACUUAUUUCUAAAGCAAAGACCAAGAGCCUGUCAAAAUUUUCUAAAGCUUUGCAAGAUCAAGUAUUACAAUUGGAAUUUAUUUCACACUGUCAGUAAAGGAUUUAUCGCACAAACUGGUGAUCCUACAGGAAGUCGAAAUGGAGGGGAAUCAAUAUAUGGGGUACUCGAUGGUCCUCUUAAAAGAUUUUUCGGUGCUGAAACAAAUCCACGUAUAAAACAUACUGUGAAAGGACUGAUUUCAUUUGUGGGUAAUGAAGAGAACAUGAUUGGUUCACAAUUCUUUCUUACCCUAGGUAAUGAUCUCACAUAUUUGGAUGAGAAACACUGUGUUUUUGGGGAAGUAGUUGAAGGAUUGGAUGUAUUGGAAGUUAUAGAUGAAGCAAUUUGUGACUCUGAAGAUAGACCAUAUCAAGAUAUCCGUAUAACUCACACUGUCAUUUUGGAUGACCCCUUCCCGGAUUUAGAAAAAAUGUUUAUUCCUUCUCGAUCACCAUCUCCUUCGGCUGAAAGAUUACAAGGAGGACGAAUUGCCCCAGACGAGGAAGUGGAUGAAAUAGCUGGGAAAACAGCAGAUGAAAUAAAUGAAAUGAUAGCUGAAAGAGAAGCGAAAGCUAGAGCUACCAUCCUUGAAAUGGUUGGAGAUCUUCCAGAAGCAGAUAUGGCUCCGCCUGAAAAUGUUUUAUUUGUGUGCAAACUAAAUCCAGUUACCUCGGAUGAUGAUCUUGAAAUUAUAUUCAGUCGAUUUGGUAAAAUCAAGUCAUGUGAGGUUAUUAGGGAUCAUAAAACAGGAGAUUCUUUACAAUACGCUUUUAUUGAGUUUGAGGAUAAGAAGUCCUGUGAAGAUGCUUACUUUAAAAUGGAUAAUGUCCUCAUAGAUGAUAGGAGAAUUCAUGUAGACUUCAGUCAGUCUGUCUCUAAAGUGAAAUGGAUGGGAAAAGGAAGAGGUGUUAAACAUUUUCCUGAAGGUGGGUCUUUAAAACAGUUGAAAUAUUCCCAAGAAAACAAUAAUAAAAAUCAUGUACAGUCUAGAAAACAUUCUUGGCAUGAACAGAAUAACAUGUCAAGAUAUGAUGAUAAUCAAAGGUAUCAUAGAGAAAGCAGGAAAAAAAGGAAAAGUAGAUCUCAAUCCCGAGAGCAUGAACAGAAGAACAUGUCAAGAUAUGUUGAUAAUCAAAGGUAUCAUAAAGAAAGCAGGAAAAAAAGGAAAAGUAGAUCUCAAUCCCGAGAGCAUGAACAGAAUAACAUGUCAAGAUAUGAUGAUAAUCAAAGGUAUCAUAGAGAAAGCAGGAAAAAAAGGAAAAGUAGAUCUCAAUCCCCAGAAUAUAAGAAAUCAAAAGAUAGGUAUGAAAUGAAAAAAUUUGGAAGUAGGAAACCAAGAUCACCUUCUUCCAAAAACAAGAAUAUUAAAAGAAAUCAAACUAAGGAGAGCAGAUCAUCUUGUAGAAGGAGUAGAUCUAGAAGUGUUAAUCGCUCAACAAAACAUAAAAAAACAUCCAGAAGUAGUCCAGAAAGUAGAAGCAGAUCACUAACUCCUAAGUAUAAGAAGAGUAGAAGGAGCAGUUCAGACAGUAGUAGCAGAUCUUUUUCUCCUGAGAACAGAAAAAUAAAGAAAAGAAAGAGCAGGUCGAUAUCACCUAGAGAUAGAAAAAAAUCUAAAAGAAGAUCAUCUUCAUCAGAGGAUGAAGUGCGAAGGUACAGUAAAAAGCACAUAAAAAAAGCUGAAAAGAGUAGAUCGGAAAAAAUAAAAUAUAAGACAUAAAGAUUACAUUACUUCCUUAUUGUAAAUAGCUCAUUUUAUUUAAUUUGAUAUUGUUAUAAUUUUUAGAGAACAAUAAAUAAGCAAAGUUUUAAA